AUGAAUAAAAUUAUAGUUAGAUGGAAUAAUGAAACUACAGAGUAUUUUCUUUUAAGAGGAGUCAAGUUAAGUACUCAAACGGAUGUACUCUGUCAGUUAUUCAAAGUAGAUGAUAAUCCAGAUAAAUACGCACUGUUUUUUAGAGAACAUAAUAUAUUUCUAUCAGAUACAAUAUUAAAUGACCCAGAGACAGUUUAUAUAAUACAAGACAACUCUUUAUUCGAAUUAAAUUUAGCUCCAGUUCAUCAUGUCGAUUCAAUUUUAGAAUAUCUAAAUAGUGAAAACACUUUGAAAAAAGGUUUAUUAGGAUUGAAAUCUCAUUUACAGAAUUAA